CAUGGACAAGCGUUUGGAAUGCUCCUACGAAAACCUGAGCAGCUGCUUCCAGCUGGGCUCCAGCGACUACCAGAAGCAGUUCUGCCAUCUUUAUUCGCAUCGUCUAGCCGAAAUGACACGUCUGCUGACGCCACUGGCGCUCAAGAAGUGGGGUAAGCAGGUGCCCAUUAUGAAGCUAUGCGAAUUGCGCGGGGAACAGAAUGUGCAAUGCAUCAUCAUUGGCACUAUCUUCAAGCAUCAGGCACACAGGCCAAGCAUCUUGCGCGACAUCUCGGAGGAGAACCAACUAGCGCCCCAGCCACAGCGCCAGAACUAUUCGGAGCCAGGUGAUAAGAUUAUACUGGAGGAUGAGCUGCAGCGUGUGCGUUUGCAGGGUGAACUAAUGGCGGCUAGUAAGAUGGCUACAGGUGUGGUAUGCGCAGUUAAAGGUGGCACGGACAUUGAUGGCUUUUUGACGGUAGAGGACGUUUUGUAUUACGAGAGCGGGCCACAGAAACCACUGCCCAUUCGCCAACACAGAAGCUCAGUGGUUCUUGUUUCUGGCUUAGAUCAAAUGCAAUCGCUUAACUAUGUGGAUGCGCUGAACAUGUUUCAGUACUGGCUGAGCGGCAGUUUUGGCAACAAGGAAGCACAGUCCAUGGUGCGCUUGAUUGUAGCCGGAAAUUCUGUUCGCAGUACAGCGCAAGCGUCCGUGCCAACUCUGCAGGUGGCGCGCACCCAAGCGAAUGCCAAUGAUACAGUGCAAGCAGUUAGCCAGCUGGACAACUGGUUUGCCGCCUGGGCACAAGCCUUAAACGUUGAUCUGAUGCCAGGAGCCUAUGAUCCGGCUAAUUUCAUGCUGCCUCAGCAGCCUUUUCAUAAAUGCAUGUUCCCGCUGGCCGCGGCACUCUCAUCCUUUCAAGCUGUAUCCAAUCCUUAUACCUGUCGCUUAGAUGGCGCUCUCAUUGCUGGCACAGCAGGUCAAAAUGUGUCAGAUAUGCUGCGCAGCACUUCACUAGAGUCUUCCAUGGAAGCUUUACGUUGCUCGCUCACUUGGGGUCACCUAGCGCCCACUGCACCAGAUACCUUGGCUUGUUACCCCUACAUCGACAGCGAUCCGUUUAUCAUAAAGGAGUGUCCACACGUCUACUUUGCCGGCAACUGUGCAUCCUUCGAAACAGAGCUACACGUGGGUACGGAUGGCCAACGCACGCGUCUGGUCUGCGUACCCAGUUUCAGUCAGACCCAGAGUGUGGCUUUGAUUGAUCUGGAAACACUCGACUGUCGCGAAAUCAAGUUUAAUGUAGAAGCUGAUUAG